AUUGAUGAUAAUUCAUAUCAUCCAAUACAAUAUUUUUAUGAUGAAGAUGAUGAUGAUGAUAAUCAAUUAACAGAUAAUAAUAAUUUAAUACAAUUAGAUUCAACAAUAUCAAUAUAUCAAAAUGAUGAACAUCAAACAGAUAUAUUAACAGAUGCACGUACAUAUGGUUUACAAACAUUUUUACCACAACAACAACAACAAAUUCAACAACAUAUAUUAACAAAUGGAUCAAUUUAUGGUAAUCCAUUGGUUUAUAGUUUACAUACUAUUUAUGAAGAAUCAGAAAAUGAAUCUUCAUUACAAACAUUAUCAUCAAUAACAUCAACAUCGAUGACAAUUAAAACUGAUAGUAUUCAACAACAACAACAACAUUCAUUAGAUAAUUCAUCAAAUAAUCAAGAAUUAUUACCAUUUGAUAAUGAUGAAUCAAAACAAAGAAAUUUAUUGGAAAGACAACAAUUUUCGAUUGUCAUUACCAAUAACAAUGAUAAUAAUGAUAGUAAUGAUUUAAAAUCUGAAUUAAAAAAUUCAUCAACAAAUACAAAUCAUAAUUUGAUUAAUGGAAAAAAAUAUUCUGAAUGGAAUAAUUUAGAUAUUGAUGAUGAUGAUGAUUAUGUUGAAGAUGAAAUGGAAGAAGAAUUAGAUUAUCUAGUCGAUAAUUUAUCCACAUUUGAUAAUGAUUCAAUUACAUUAUCAUCAAAAUUAGAAAGAUAUUUUACAAGUGGAUUAUUGGAAACAUCUAAUAUUAAUGGUUUAUCAACAACAACAACAAUGAAUAUGAAAAAAAUUGAGGAUCAUCAUCAAGUGAAAUCGUUGAUGAAUAAUGAUGAAGUUGGUGAUCAAAAUCAUCAUCAACAACAACAACAUCCAAGGAAAAAAUUCAAUAGAAUCGAAUGUUUAUGUAAUUUUCUUAACGAAAUGAUCUCAUCAAUAAAAAUUUCUAAAAAAAUAAUAAUGACAACAACAACAAUUAACGAUGAUAAUGAAGAUGAUAAUUUAUAUUUAACGAUAAUUUCCAAACAUAUUGAUCGUUUAAGCUAUUUAUUUUGUUUAGAUUUAAAAAGAUUCAUCAUUAAAAUGAUUUUGAUGCUAAAAUUAUCAAAUAAUAAAGACUAUUGUUAUUUUAACAAUAGAAACGGUAGAAAUAGUUUGAAAGCCAUUUAUAGUAACAGUAUUAAUAAUAAUGAUAAUGUUAAUAAUAAUAAUGAUGAUGAUGAUCGAUUGUCAAUUGACCGAAUAAUUUAUCGAUUAUCACGACAACAAAAUAUCAAUAAUAAUGAUGAUUAUGAUGAGAAUUAUAAAACAAAUUAUUGUACAAAUUUAAAGCUUGAAUCAUUUCUAAUAACAUUUAUGAUUGAAAAAAUUUAUCGCUACACACAGAUCAAUCAUCUAUUAUUUGAUUAUUAUUUUUGGUCACAGGAAUUUGUACCACGACGAACAUGGUCAAUUCCUUCGUCAUCAAUAUUAAAAAAUCGAUCAUCAUCAUCGUCAUUGGGUAAAACUAUUAUCAAAGUUACUGUCAAUGGAAGAUUAGUUCCUACUGUUGAAAACAGUUUUAUUGUUGAUACUUUAUCAUCACAGCAGCAGUCAAUAUUACCGAAAAUUUUACCAAUAAAAUCAAUUUCCAAUCAACCGAAACGAUUUUCAACAAAUAAUAAUAAUAAUAAUUCAUCAAUACGCGUAUUACAAACUAAUGACAAAGCAAACGAUUUGUUUCGUCAAUCAUCAAAGAAUCCUGAAUAUCGUACAAUAUUACAUAUAAACAAUCAACAAUCAGGACUAUCACCAUCCGGACGUGUAAAAGGAAAUUGUCAACGAUUACAACGAUCAUUAUCUGGAUCACAAAUCACAUCAACAAAUUUUCAACGACCAAAAUCAUCAUGUAUUAUAUGUGAAAAUGUAACAACAACUAUGAAUAGAACAAAUACUUUAGGUAAUAAGGAAAUUGUAGCUAGCUAUAAUUUGUCAACGAAUUUACCAUCAUCAACAUCAUCAUCUACUUCCAAUAUAACAACGAUACCAACAACAGUCAUACAUUCAUCAUCUAGUCAAACAACACAAUUAACAUCAUCAUCAUCGUCAACAUCAUUACACAACAUUCAUAUUAUCGAAUGA